AAAAGCAGAGGAGGCCGAGGAGGAAACUCGACGACGACGACGACGACGGAGAGGAAGAAGCAGAAGAAGAAGAAGAAAGUGAGAGAGAAGGAGAAUGAACGGUGCAGAUCUAUCGCUACCACCUGGAUUCCGGUUCCAUCCCACGGACGAGGAGUUGGUGACGCACUACCUCUGCCGGCGAUGCGCCGGGCUGCCCAUCGCUGUUCCCAUCAUAGCGGAGUUAGACCUCUAUAAGUUUGACCCGUGGCAGCUUCCGGGAAUGGCGAGGUACGGGGAGAAGGAGUGGUACUUCUUCUCGCCGCGGGAUCGGAAAUAUCCGAACGGGUCGCGGCCGAACCGGGCUGCCGGAUCGGGAUACUGGAAGGCGACGGGGGCUGACAAACCGGUGGGGCCGCGGCCGGUGGCGAUCAAGAAGGCGCUAGUGUUCUACACCGGGAAGGCGCCCAAGGGAGUGAAGACGGAUUGGAUCAUGCACGAGUACCGCCUCGCUAACGUUGACCGCUCAGCCCCCAAGAAGAAGCACUCCCUUCGGUUGGACGAUUGGGUGCUUUGCCGUAUCUACCACAAGAAAGGGGAGGCAAUCCCGGGACGGAGGAGCUCGGCCGCGGUGGCGGAACCGAAGCAAGAGGCUCCGGCGGCGGAGGCGGCGACCGACUUUAUGUAUCUGGACGACGCGACGGAGUCGCUGCCGCGGUUGGUGGGGGAGUGCUCUAGCGUAUCGGAGCAUGCGGCGGAGUGGAAGUGCGAGCGGGAGGUGCAGAGUCUGCCACGGUGGGGCGAGACGGAGUGGGAGAAAGCACUCGGCUUCGGAGCUAAUUACGAGUAUGGGAAUCCCCUGCUGCUCCAAGAAGACGACAUUUUCUCGUACUUGAGGAAUCCCUUCUAAUUCAUCUGGAAAUGCAACGCGUGCUGUCGGCCGGCGUACCCCUGCAGCGGCGGAGGCCAUCGGAGUUGGAUGGCAGAUGGAGGUCCGGCGGACGUGAUGAAACCAUUGACGUCGAGAUCAUAGGAAGAUUGGACAUAAACCGUACGUGGAAACGGGUUUGGGGUGGCUGAGAUAAGAAAUUAGGGCCUUGCAAAACAGUUUUUGUUGACGCACUGAACAUUUAUUUGACCGUCACUGGUCAUUGCCUUUUGGUUUAAAAAUUAAAUGUAAUGAAAGAAGUUUGCCAAUAAAUUGUUUUAUUUUUGGUCUACAAAAUAAA